ACGGCGGUGAGUUCACCGGCUCGUCGUUCACCUCGUUCUGCGACGCUGCUGGCAUUCGGCGCGAGUACACCGCCCCCGAAACCCCCAAGCAAAACCCGGUGGUCGAGAGUGCCACAUGGCGCGCCAUGAAGGGGUCCACGCCGCGCGCCGCCACAUCCUCGCCAUGGACCACGUGGACUUCUCCUCCAUCCCCAACGUCGGCGUCAACGGACAUCGCCUGUGGCUCGCGUCGGCGCUGUGGGCAUCCGCCUGCUUCAACCGCUCCGCGACGAAGGCCAACCUGGGCUGCAUGUCGCCGUUGGAGGCGUUCUUCGGCCGGAAGUCGCCCCUCACCGUCGUCAUUUUUUUCCACGAGGGGAUGAUGCGCGUUAAGCGGGCCACCAAGGCGGACGUCCAGUCCGCGCGGUGCUUCUACCUGCACGGCGCCAACAACCACUCGACGUCUACCGCCGUCGUUCUUCACGCUGACUCCGGUCGCCGCGCCCUCACCAACAACGUCGUGUGGGUCAACCACCGGGCAGGAGCGCCGGCGCCGGUGCCGGGCAUCUGGGGGGGUUCUUCGGUCACCGUGGCGCCCUCGCCGGCCGUCGCCGUACCUGCGGCCGAUGCCGCACCGCCGCCGCCCCCGCCAGCAAGGAGGUACACGUACACCCCGCCUGCACCAGCGACCACCGCACCGCCGCCGCCCGCUUCUCCGCCGAUCUUCACAGGAUCAUCGGCCCCGUCGCCGAUCUCCGACGCCUCAUCAUCAGCCCCACCGUCGACCGCAGCCACGCCGCCCCGUUCGCCCCCGGGCCUGCCACCGCCGCCGCCGCAGCCCACCAGCGCCGUCACCCCCGCUCCCCGCACCCGCCGCUUUCGAAAUGAGCCGUCAAGGCGUUGGGACGAGAGGACACGAGGGUUCACGGCCGCACGCGCGGCGAUGGAGUGCGACGAGUAUGGAUGGCCGACGAAAUUCAAGGCAAGACUUGUAGCGUGGGGGCACAUGCAGAGGGCUUCGAUUGAUUUUGGAGAAUUGUUUGCACCCACCGUAUCAGUGUCCAGUGUGCGCUUGUUGGCAGCAUUAGCAUGCGAGCAGAAUCUUGACUUGUGCCAUUUCGAUAUUUUGCAGGCGUUUGUGCAGUCUGAGCUUGAUGAGGAUGUUUUCAUGCACUUACCGCAGGGGUGUGGUAGGUCAUCUGGCCUGAUCGCGAAGCUGUGCGAGAGUCUGUAUGGUUUGAAGCAGGCAUCACGACGUUGGUAUGCGCACCUGACGAGGUGUUUGUUACUUUUAGGCUUUUUGCAGUGUCUGGCGGACACAUGUGUUUUUCGAUUGAUGGAGAAAGGACAUGUGAUCAUCAUCAUCGUGGUCCACGUGGAUGACAUUUUUGCCGUAGGGCAGAAGGAGAGGUGUGACAAGUUUGGCAGGGAUCUCAACGAGAUGGUCCCCGUGAAGAACAGAGUUGAGGUGAUGGUGCACUGGAAGGCAGCACUCGGUAUUUUAGGGUACGAACGCAGGACGAGUUGGAUGGGGAUUACAUUUGAGAGGGGAGUGCUGACUGAGAUGAGCAUGCAGGUGUUUGUGGAUGAUGACUAUGCAAGCAAGGCGGCAGACCGGAGGUCGGUAUCUGGGGGGCUAGUGAUGUGUGCGUUAGGGGGUGUGACUUGGUUUUCACGAACGCAGAAGUGCGUUAUCCUUACCACCACGGAAGCAGAGUAUAUGGCAAUUGCCGAUGUCUUGAAGGAACUGUUGUUCUUGAGGCAGGGAGCGAUUCAGAUUGCGCACAACCCGAUCACGAACUCCAACUCGAAGCACAUCGAUGUACGGCAUCACUUUAUCAGGGAGCUGGUAGAGAGGAAAGAGAUUUCAAUUGCUCUUGUGCCGACGCAUUUUCAGCAUGCAGAUUUCUUGACGAAGGCUAUCAGCAAGGAGUCUCUUGCGCUGCACCGUGACUUUGUGAUGAACUUGCAGUGA